AUGGGCAGUGCUAGCAGGGCACGGUGCAGGGCAGCGUGCGGGCGGCAGUUGCAGCAGCAGCACGAGUGCGCAGCAGGGCAGGCACGGGCAGCGCUAGCAGGGCAUGAUGCAGGGCAGCAUGCGGGCGGCAGCUGCAGCAACAGCACGAGCUCACUGGCAGAGCAGGCGCGGGCAGCGCUAGCAGGGCAGGACAGGGGCGCUCGGGCGCGGGGCAGCAGGGCACGCACGGGCACGGGGCAGCGGGGCACGCGCUGGCGCUGGCCAGCAGGGCGCGUGCGGGCACAGGGCAGCGGGGCGCGCGUAAGCGCUGGGCAGCGGGGCACGGGCUGGCGCUGGGCAGCGGGGCUCGCGCUGGCGCUGGGCAGCAAGGCACGCGCGGGCACGGGGCAGCGGGGCACGCACUGGCGCUGGGCAGCGGGGCAGCGCGCGGGGCAACGGGAGCGUGGGGCAGCAGGGCACUCGCGUGGCAGCGCGAUCGUGUAG